GUUAAGAUUAAUUAAUUAAGAUUAAGAAGACACACCACUUUCUCUCUAGUUUCUCUCUCUCCUCUUUAAUAAUAAUAUAUAUAAAUAAAUUCUGACAUCAUAUGCUCCUCUCAUCUAUCUUUUGUUCUUGUUUGUUUGUUUGUUUGUGCGUUUUUUUUGCUCUCUCUUUUCACCUCCUCACCACUUUUUUCUCUCUAUAUUUCAAUUCUCUUCUCUUUUCAUCCAUUCCCUCGAAAUUUUUCUAGGGUUUUCCUUUUCACGAUCAAUCUCAGGUGGCAUGUGUGGUGGUGGUGGUGCAUUGAAUUUUGAUUUGAUUAGGGAAACACUUUUAUUGUUUUCCAUGGGUUUCACUCUCAGAUUGUGCUUCCCUUUUUUCUUUUUCUUUUUUGUUUUCCUUUUUACUUUCCGAGAGAUUCAAAUGGUUGUGGCGGCUUAGCAAUUUGGUUGUAUUGUAUUGUAUUGUAUUUAUUACAGUCUUAGAAAUGAAAAAACUUUGAUUGCUUGGUGGGUUGAUACAGGGAUAGAGGUUGGAUUCUGUAUAUUGUAUAUAGUAGUGGUGGUGGUGGGAAUUCUGUUAAGAUGACAGAUUUUGAACCUCUACAGCAGAAACCUGAAUCUGCUGAUACCACCCAUGCUGAGUUUGACCAUGGAUUGGAGGACUAUAUGCGUGGUCACUUGGAUGAUUGUAUGUCAUUUGCUUCGUGUAGCUCUUCCCGGGCACAGGAUGAUGAGGAUGAUGAGAGUGAUCAGCUGGUUAGGAGGAGACGGAGGUCUGAUCUUGAAGGGGAUGAUUUAGCGGAGUCAUCAGCAGCGCGGAGGCGCCAUUCGCGAAUUUUGAGCAGAUGGGCUGCCAGGCAGGCGCAGGAGAUGAUAACUACUAUUGAAAGGAGGAAUCGAGAGUCAGAGUUGAUGGCGCUUGCAGGGUUACAUACGGUGUCUAUGUUGGACUCUUCUUUUUUGAGGGGGUCGCAGUCUCCUACUUCUGGCCAGGAGGGGGCUGUGGAGAGACCGAGCACUCAGGCAUCUUCCAUUCUGCAGAUGUGGCGCGAAUUAGAGGAUGAACAUUUGUUGAAUCGGGCACGUGAAAGGAUGAGGGAAAGGUUGAGGCGGCAGCGGCAGAGGAGUUCUUCUGAUGCUAAUACCAAUGUGUCAAGUACCAUGUCUGACAGUCGAGGCAGUGAGAAUAGAGGGAGUUUGGGGGAUGCAAGUGAAAGUGAAAAUGAUUAUGGUACCUGGUCACAUGAUCAGAUUGGAUCACGUAAUGCACAUGUGAAUCAUAGUGUAUCUAGCAGGGAGCAAUCUCCUGAUCUUGGCGAAGUUGAGAGGGAGAGAGUUAGACAAAUUGUUCGGGGAUGGAUGGAAAGUGGUAUUAGUGAUCGUUCAUCUAAUGUGAGCCAGAGAAAUAACAACCACAGAUCAGAAUGGCUUGGAGAAACAGAGCGUGAGAGGGUGAGAAUUGUCAGGGAAUGGGUGCAAAUGACUAGCCAACACAGAGGUUCACGUGGGAGCCGUAGGGAUGCUCAAGUAAGUGAAUCUGCUCAAGCUGAUCGGACCCGUGAUAUGGCAGCUGACCAUGAUGAGCGUCAGCCAGAGCAUGUUCGGCGGGACAUGUUGAGGUUGCGUGGAAGACAGGCUCUAGUUGAUUUGCUUGUUAGGGUAGAAAGGGAAAGACAAAGGGAGCUGCAGGGUUUGUUGGAGCAUCGAGCUGUUUCUGAUUUUGCUCAUCGCAAUCGUAUUCAGUCAUUGCUCAGAGGUAGAUUCCUUAGAAAUGAAACUGUUGAAGAUGAGAGGCCUCCUUCUACAGCUGCAAGUGAAUUAGUUCAAUUAAGGCAACGACACACCGUCUCCGGUAUAAGGGAGGGGUUUCGCUCAAGAUUAGAAACUAUUGUUCGUGGUCAAGCAGGCACCAAUCCUGAUACCACAUCAAAUAUUAGCAUUGAUGAAACAAGACAAGAUGAGAGCCAAUCAAACACUCUCAUAGAUGAUCAACAAGAAAGUUAUGACCAAGAGCAGAUUAGGAGCCAGGAAGCUGAUGCACGUCAGUUGCCUAAUCAAACAGGAACUUUGGAGAGUAGCACAAGUGAAAAUAUUAGUUGGCAAGAAGCUAGUAAUCAAGGAGGGGAUUGGCAAGAACAGAUUGCUGCAAAUGAGGGAGGAAACUGGCCGCAGAGAGUUAAUGGUCCAUUCAAUCAGCUCAGAGAUGGAAUGGAAGCCAGUGACUGGCCACAGGAAACUCCCAGAAAUUCAGCUGGGGAAGAUCCUGAUCCACAGGAGGCUCAAAGAAUUUGGCAGGACGAUAACACAAGGGAAGCUGUUGGUAAUUGGUCUGAAGGACCUUCUGCAGCCUCAAGGAAUCGCCGUGGUGUUCCUUUUAGAAGAUUCAAUAGAUUUCAUCCUCCUGAUGAUGAUAAUGUGUACAGUAUGGAGCUUAGAGAACUUCUGAGCAGGAGAAGUGUAUCUAACCUUCUACGUAGUGGUUUCCGUGAAAGUCUGGAUCAACUAAUUCAGUCAUAUGUUGAAAGGCAAGGUCAUGCACCAAUUGACUGGGAUUUGCAUCGAAACUUGCCUACAACGACUCCUGCCUCACCUGAACGAGACCCUGAUCAGCAGGGGGAUGAACAUAAUGAGGGUCAGCGUGAAGCCAUCAACAGACCUUCACUGGUGUUGCCUUCUCCACCAGUGCCCCCGCCACAACCACUGUGGCACCAAGAUUUGCACCAAACUGGAUGGUCUCGUCAUACCAUGCACCGUUCUGAAAUUGAAUGGGAGAUAAUGAAUGAUUUAAGAUCAGAUAUGGCAAGACUUCAGCAAGGCAUGAAUCACAUGCAGAGGAUGUUGGAAGCCUGCAUGGAUAUGCAACUGGAAUUGCAGAGAUCUGUCAGACAGGAGGUCUCUGCAGCUCUGAACCGCUCAGCUGGUGAAAAUGGAUUGGGUGCUGAGACAUCUGAUGAUGGGUCUAAAUGGGGGCAUGUAAACAAAGGAACUUGCUGUGUUUGUUGUGAUAACCACAUUGAUUCGCUUUUGUACAGAUGUGGACACAUGUGCACAUGUUCAAAAUGUGCUAAUGAGUUAAUCCGUGGAGGAGGUAAGUGUCCGUUAUGCCGAGCACCAAUUGUUGAGGUGGUCCGAGCAUAUUCCAUAUUGUAAAAAGGAAAGUUGGAAGGACACGGUAAAGAAGAAAAGAUCUCGACGGUGUUAAUCUCAGUUCGGAUGUCUUGAGGUUCUUAUUUAUAGAUGUUCAGUAGAUGCCCUAUUUUACUGAUUACAUAGGGAACUUCACGAAAUGUAUAAUUGGAUUAGCAAAUGGCGCUGUUAAUUCAUCAUUCUUGCGUAAAUAAAUAGUUGGCUCAAUUAUUCUUUACAAAUUUUUCUUCUACUGUA